CACCUCGCUAGAUGAGAAAGUUAGCGGCCAGAAACCUUUCCUUUUCGACCGAUUGAUUUUCAAACUUGUUUCACUAACAUGGCUGCAUUUGCGUUCCGAGAAUUGUCAACUAUUCGCGCAUUUAUUACGUUUAACGAAUGAUAAUACUCCCCGCUGGAUGUUUUGAUUGUGAGGGCUGAAUGUCAUCUUUCCUUCACCAUGGCUAACUCUGCUGACCUGGUUCAAGCUAUUGCGGAGUGUAUUGAAAACUCUGAAACAAACAAAGCUUCAUCUAUACUUGAAGAUCCUAAAAAUAAGGAAUCCAUCUCAUCGAACUGCUGGGAUAUCAUACAUAUUCUCUGUGCUAAAUUGAAUCAAGAUGUUUAUGACAAGCAGCCUGCAAUGUUUCAUUGCUGUGAGAAGCUUCUGAACAAAGUUACAGAACUUUCAUGUCCUGAAGAAGCCCUCCUUGAGCUCAUCGAACAGGCAGAGUGUCUCGAUAAUGAUCAUCGAUUUCUGGCAUUACUCAAACCAAUUCACAACUUACUGAAACGAAUGCCGGACAAGAGAGGACGAUCCUUAGUUUGGUGUCUUAAUUUGGUUGCUACCCACUUGUCUGCAUUGCAAGAACCAGAUUGUUAUAAAUUUCAGGGUGAUGAGAGGGUGUUAUUAGACUUAGACCCAGCAACUCGUAGAGCAAUAGAUAUUUAUGAUUCAAUUGUGCCCUUUUAUGAACCCUUUAUUGAAGAGGUUUCUCUAUUCAGACCAUAUGAGUCAGCUGAUAAGCCUAUUGCUGCUCAGCGACAGUAUCAACGCUAUGUACUUGCAGCUUUCCUCAUUCAUUUAUUGGGCAAACCAUUAGUGUUUAUGGACUUAGACUAUGAUGGAAAGACCAAAAGCAGAAUUUACUGUAUUGCUGAAAAUAUUGUUGGAUUCCUUGAUCAUUUAAUGCCAGAUCUUGUACCUAUACUGUUUGAUAAGUAUGUUGCAAAAAAGAAGAUUUCUCAGAAUGAUGACUGGGAUGAGGAUCCCUUAAAAAUGUUUCUGUAUGAAGAUAAGGUUCCCACCUUGGGCCUUGCAAAUCUUGUAUAUUUGACUUUAGCUGGAGGGUUAUCACGCCAAUGCAUACCACGUGUAUACAGCUCCAACUUUAUAUUUCAAAUUGGUCUUCAUCUGAGCACAGAGCUGCUUCUAGUGUCCCAUGACUUAAGUGUGUGGAAAGGACUGCAAUUGGCAGAGAGGUUAAUGCUUAUUGUCCCAAAAUCGAGCAUUCCUUUUACAAUGCUUGAUCUGCCAGUCCAUAAGAAGUUUUGUACAACUUUGGAGAAGGUGGUUGUGUAUUGUGAAGUGGAAGGUUACAGAGGCAAAGGCAUAAAAGUCUUUCAAAACUAUGUAAUGUUGAUGGAUUUUGCAGCCCAAUAUCAAGUCUUCAUCAAAUUAUUUCCUGUUCUUCAGCAUUCAGGUUUUAAAGGGCUUUUGGUGACAAUGUUGAAAGAUACUAUUAGGUUAACAUUGAAUUCUGUACACAUUCCCCAUGUUCAACUGUACAGAGGCAAGUCCUUGUUGAAGCUGUUGGAGGUGUAUUGUGUAGUACCCAAUGGCCCAGAAGUAGACUUGAUGGACCAUUCAGACCAUAUAAUAUCACUAUUGAAUUUACUGUGGUACCUUUCUCUUGCUGAUGGAGGGGAUGUGCUCGGGUUGUGGGAGCAUGCUCCAUAUUUGGAUCGGAAUUUUAUCCAUCCACUGAAGAAUGGUCUGAAGCUUUCAAGAGCACAUUAUGAACUGAAGAUCCAUCAGUUAGAAGAAGAACGAAUGGGGCCUCAAGGAAAAGACAGCAAAAAAGAGAAGAUUGAAGUUGCUGUAACUGUCCAUGGACAAGCUGUCGCAGAUUUGUCUUAUGAAGAGAAGAAACAAAUUCUUAAUGUUGCUCUUAAUAAAUUUUCAAUCAUGGAGUCAUUGCUUAGCAAUAUUCGUGAGAAAGUGGAAGGUCGAUUUGCUGCCCGUACUUAAUAUCUAAGUUUCUGAAAGAUGUUACCUGUCCUGCAUAAAUUUCAAAGCAUUUGAAAUUCUUUAAUAUACAAGACUAUUUAAUUUAUUAUGUUGUGUUUGAGUUUUUUCAGAAUUUUGGUUUGCAUAUUCAGACUCAAAAUGCCAGCAGCCAGUACUGUAGAAUACAGUUACAACACUUUUAACAAUUUGUUAAUGGGUGCUAUCACCACAGUUUGAUGUGGAUAAUUUAAGUGGUAUCUCAUGAUGAAUGUUUGCUUUAAUUUUGCUACUGUUAGGUCUUGGUUUGUGACUUAAGUCAAUUGCAUCCUUUAAUAAAUCAGUUUGCUUUAGUAUAAA